UAAAUUUUCUUUGGUGGUCAUAGGGACAGUCCUUGCGCCGAAAACGGGGGUCGAUAUCACUUCGGGGUACUUGCACUCCCUUAGGGUUACCAGGGACAUUCGCCACAAGAACUGGGCGACUGCGGGGUUCAGGUAUCUGAUGAACUCAAUUUUCAGAUUCCGAAAUAAGGCGACGAAGAAUGUAUCUGGCUGCACCUUAUUCCUCCAGUUGGUGUACUUGACUCACGUGGAGUGGAACUUUGGAUAUGUGGACCGAACAGUGCUCCCCGUUGAUUUUUGGGGUAGUAAACAAUGUAAGUCCGCUUACAAAUUUGUGAAAGACAAUGGGGGUCCCAACAGCGACAAGAUAACGCUCACUUCGAAUCUCGUAAUACUGCCCAACUACUACUCCGACUCGGAAGGAAGAAAGAGCAGUGACCACUUUGUCAGCUCUAUCAACGAGUUGAAGGAGUACAUCUCGAAUGAGUUAAAGUCUCAGUUGAGAUCAUUUUCUUUGAAAUUUAUGGACAAAGGAGAAGGUGUAGGUGGUAUUGACCGAGAGUUGGAGGAGGAUGCUGCUGCGGAAAUGGGGAAGAAGGCGGAGUGCAGCCAGGCCGUGGAGGAGUCACCGUUGAAGUCCCCUGUCCGUUCGAAGACUAAUGUUGUUGGUCUAUCUGACGAAAAUGUGGUGGAUUCUGUAAGUACGCCUUCACUAUCUGUUACAAAAUCUGUUGAAGAUGAAGGUGCUGCACAUAAGACCUUCGACGAUGAGGACUUUGAUAUAGUCGAAGUGGCAUCUUUCUGGAAUAAAGGCAAAGCCCUCGUCAAAUCAAAGAAGACACAGUCGGAGAAUGUGCCUUUAAUUGAGGAUGACUUCAACGAUAAGGCGUACGAGCAAUUCAUUGAGUCGGGCAGAACUGUUGUCGGGCCUUUCAAGACGAAGGAAGCGAUCCCCCGUAACCAAUAUGGGUUUUACAAGUUUAUUUUUAGCAACACGUUAGAUCCGGGAUAUGUGCUUGCGAAAUUUCGAAAGUUUGAAGUGGAUAGGAGGUGCAUGGCAUCGUUGCGACCGAUGCGAGAAGUUGAGGGAUCCAUCAUUGACUGUUUUUCUAUACUAAUGAACAAGUACGAACGUGAUAGUCGAUUACCUGACCAACCUCGUGUUUGGUACAUGCCCACUCGCAUCUCGCAAAAAACUCUCGGUUCGUUUAAUGUGAAGAGGAUUGCGAAAGACCGGGAGUGGUCAAAACUGUUUUACGAAGACAACUUGGAAAAAUGCGUCAAGAUGUUUGUGCCGGUGUUGACUCUAGAAGGUGCACCACAUUGGUUUGGUGCCGAAGUAAAUAUGAAGUCCAAGGUUGUCUCAUUUAUGGACUCCCUACACACCGCAAUGAAUGAGAAGUAUCGUGUGGAGGCUACGAAAGAAAUGUUGUCGACGUUGGACCUUUUGUUUGAGGAGAAUAGGUCGAAGAAUGUGACUUUCGUGGAUUUCAGAAUUGACAGGAAAGAUCGCGGGCUUCCUCAACAAGACAAUGACCGAGAUUGCGGUGUAUACGUCAUGAAGUACAUGGACGCUGUGGCCAAUGAGGAAGAAGUAGUUGAUGAGUUUCACCCGGUUGAGGCACGUUUGGAAAUCGCUGCGAGGAUCAUAACUGAUGAACAAAAUGAAAUUCGUACCAAAGUGGUUGAAGAUCGUAGGGCUGCACAAGGCAGCUCAUUUGCAUCAUCCUCGGCCCCUUUGCGUAGUCCGUCAAAGUCUCCACGCGAUCCUCGGUUCAGUACAGCGAAGUCUCGCAAUGCAAACAUGUUUCCCCCGUCAAGAGCCUCCCCUAGGCUUCAGUCUACCAAGACUAAGAUUUCAUAUGGUGAAUAGUGUGUGAAAAACACUUGUGUUAUUAAUAGGUUGUGUUAUUAAUAGGUCGUGUUAUUAGUGUGUUGUGUAGUUUGGAUUUGGGAGCAUAGGUUGUGUUAUUUGUGUGUUGUUUAGUUUGGAUUUGGGAGCCUUUGGGUUUAGACAUCUGUUUUUAUUAGUUCACGUUUGGAACUGGUUAUUAUGUUCACAGACUUGUGUUUAUUUUAGUUUUGACAAUAUAUUAAACCAUACUUAGCAAAUCUUUGUACUCAUACCGUAACAACUCUUACAAUGUACCCAUACUUCAGAAGUAGUUGAUUGUACUUCACAGAAAUUAUUUAACCAGAAAACAAAGGUGACUUCUUAAUUUUCUUUA